AACCUCUCUGUCUCAUCCCCUUUGCUCCUCCUCCUUCUCUAACAAACUCUCUUGUUUCAUUCCACCAGGAAAAUCAUGUGAAAGGAAUUUUCAUCUUGAUUAUCAUAUUAAGAUUCUAAAUCUUAAUUAAAUCCUUUCACAUUUUCCGCCGCCUAGGAAUGAACAUUAAAACAUCUUUUGUAUCUUUAGAAUAAACCCUUAACCAAGAUACACCCUCCCUCCUCAAUAUGUAUCAUAAACACAAAGAAACAAUAACAUAAAAAAAAAAAAAAACACAUUUAUUCUUACGUAGUUUGAAAACAAAACUAGACUACAUACAUACAUACAUGGGUACGAGGUAGUUGUCUUCAAAAAAUUUCAAGAGUUUUUGGUUUAUUUAUUUAUAUUUUUUUUAUUAUUAAAUAUGGAGAGAUUAGAGAGAAGGAGCAAGAAGGAUCAAGAUAAGAAAGAAAAGAGAGUAAGAACUUUUGUCGAAUUAAUAACCGGUAACAAUAACAACAAUAACAACAACAGCAGCAACAACAACAACAGCAACGGCGUUAAGAAAGAGAUUGUUACUGCAAAUGACAACAACAAUAAUGAUAUGCCAAUGUCAAUAGGGUCACCAAUACCAUCACCAAGAGGAGUAUUUGAGGUGCCGAUAUCGGAUUCAGACAGCACGGGGAGUGAAAACUACGGCAAUUCACAACGGGCGCAACAGGGAGGAAAGUUAUCACCAAGUGCAGCAGGAGGAGGAGAUGGACAUCAAUGGAGGAAUAUGAUUGAUGCAUUGAGGUUUAAGUCUGUGAGAAGAUUUUCUACCAUUCCUUUGCUUGCUGCUAGCUAUGAAAGUUCUAGGAGAAGUUUGAGGAAUAAAUUGGCUCGUGCAAGAACCGGUAACGACGAUGAGAAUGAUUUCGAUGGUGCUCUUGAUCUCGAGGGAAUUACUAAGCCUUCUUGGAGAAAUUUUAGUUACGAAGAUCUUGCUGCUGCAACCGAUAAUUUCAAUCCUGAGAACAUGAUUGGAAAAGGUGGCCAUGCAGAAGUGUACAAAGCAAGGUUACCUGAUGGACAAGUAGUAGCAGUAAAGAGACUAAUGAGGAAUGAAAAAGAAGCUGGAGAUAAGGCUGGUGAUUUCUUAUCAGAGCUUGGGAUUAUUGCUCACAUUAACCAUCCAAAUGCAACAAGACUCAUUGGUUUCGGAAUCGAUCGCGGACUCUACUUUGUUCUACAAUUUGCUUCACAUGGAAGCCUUUCUUCUAUGCUCUUUGGUUCUGAAUGUUUGGAAUGGAAGAGAAGGUUCAAGGUAGCAGUUGGAGUAGCCAAAGGUUUGCAGUAUCUGCAUCAAGAUUGUCCGAGGAGAAUCAUUCAUAGAGACAUCAAAGCCUCAAACAUAUUACUCAACCAUAAUGAUGAAGCUGAGAUUUCAGAUUUUGGAUUGGCAAAAUGGCUUCCAGAUAAAUGGGCACACCAUGUUGUUUUUCCAAUAGAAGGCACAUUCGGGUAUUUAGCUCCAGAGUAUUUUAUGCAUGGACUUGUGGAUGAAAAGACUGAUGUUUUUGCAUUUGGGGUAUUGUUACUUGAACUCAUGACGGGUCGUCGUGCGGUUGAUUCCAAUAGCAGGCAAAGUCUUGUAAUCUGGGCUAAACCAUUAUUGGAUGCAAAGCAAGUGCAAGAAAUAGCAGAUCCAAGAUUAGAAGAGCAAUAUGAUCCAAUUGAAAUGAAGAUUGCCAUGGCAACAGCUUCCAUGUGUGUCCACCACAUGUCCUCUAAAAGGCCAUACAUGAAUCAGGUUGUGCUACUAUUGAAGGGAGAAGAAGUGGCUAUGGACCUUACUCAAAAAUCAAUAGCACCAAGGUCACUCUUGUUAGAUGCAUGUGAUUUAGAAGACUAUACUUGUUCAAAUUAUUUGAAUGAUCUAAAUCGCCACAAGCAAUUAAUCAUGGAGUGAUGAUGGUGAUGAUUCAUAUGUGAUAUUAGAAUUGUGCUCUGUCUGUGGCCUUGUGAGGUUUCAUGUUUGUGUAUGGUGAAAACUUUAUGGUAUGAUAAUUGUUGUAUAGUUCUGUGUGUUGUGGAUAAAGAUGACAAAAUUAUGUCACAACAUAAUAAGCUUGUGUCUUUCUUCAAGCUUGAUAAGAUACAUUUAGGCUUGUAAAUUGGCAUGAACUUGUAAUCAUCAUCAUUAGUCAAGAAGCACUCAUAGUUUGUUUAA